AUGAGAUUCACAAUGCCAGUUCCUUUAGCUCCAUAUCCAACUCCUCAUGUACCCUUUACACCACCUGCAACUGGUUCUGAAAGCCAACUUGUGUGUUCUGGAUGUCGAAAUCUUCUGCUUUAUCCAAUUGGAGCAACUUCGGUUUGUUGUGCUGUUUGCAAUUCUGUCACUGCUGUUCCUCUUCCUGGUACUGAAAUGGCGCAAUUGGUUUGCGGAGGUUGCCACACUUUACUCAUGUACAUUCGUGGGGCCGCAAGUGUACAAUGUUCGUGUUGUCACACCAUUAAUUUGGCAUUAGAAGGAAAUCAAGUAGCACAUGUCAAUUGUGAGAAUUGUAAGAUGCUAUUGAUGUACCCGUAUGGUGCACGAUCCGUGAAAUGUGCGGUUUGCCAGUACAUUACAUCUAUUGGGGCUUCAACAAGCACGAUAGAACAGAAACUCGUCACCUAAAACUUUGCUAUGACGUUACACCUAUAGAGUUUUAAAAAUUUCUCGUACGAGAGAUUAACGUUAUUAUUAAUAACCGUUGUUUUAUUGUUAAUGUUGAAUAAAUUAACUUAAAGCAUUUGUAUAUAUAUCUUAAUGUAUAUUGAUUCCAAACCACAAAUAAAAUGGUAAGAAGAUGGAUUGGGUGAUUUUGUCUUGUCUUUUCUGAAUAUUUUUGUGUUUUUAUAGUUGAAAACGUCUUGCAACUUAAAAAUUUUAUAUUCGUAUUUUUUUUGUCUUCAUAUUUCUU